AUACCCUGUUCCUUGUAUGAGAGAAAGGCCUUUGACACUUCACAUGGAAGUGGCUUCUCUGUGAAUCGCUUAGAGAAGACCCUAGGUAUUUCAUUUGGGAGAGGAGUUCUUGAGCGAUGCGCGUGUGAGGCGGGAGGGAGGGAGAUUGUGAGAGAGAGAUGGAGGCGGAGGAGGCAGCGGCCGGAGGAGGAGGGGGGGAGGAUUUGGCGAGAUCGAGCUUCGGCGAGGAGGAGGCGGCGGCGACAGCGGCGCCAGCGAACGGGGUCGCUGCUUCUCCAGAAAACAAUGCUGGUGAAACUACGACGAACUUGAGAUUCCUGGUGACCAACACGGCUGCCGGAUCAGUGAUUGGCAAGGGAGGUUCCACCAUUAGCGACUUUCAAGCUCAAUCUGGAGCUCGAAUUCAGUUGUCCCGGAACCAUGAAUACUUCCCCGGUACCUCAGAUCGCGUCGCUGUAUUGAGUGGGUCCCUAGCAGACGUCUUGACUGCGUUUCAGCUCAUCAUCUCAAAGAUUAUCAAAGAUGACAACCAAGAUGAUACAAAAUCCAUUCAGGUGAAGCUUUUGGUUCCCAAGACUGUCUGCGGGGCAAUCAUUGGAAAGGGAGGCUCCAACAUCAAAAAAUUCGUUGAGGACUCGCAAGCCAGUAUCAAACUCUCAUCGCAAGAUCAGCUUCUCCCCGGCGUGAUUGAUCGCAUCGUCACCAUCGGAGGAAAUGUCGACCAGAUUAUAAAAGCGGUCACGCUAAUUCUUACAAAGCUGACGGAAGAAUCGAGCUACACCGAGACCACAAGCACACCCCUCGUCUACCCAGGACUGCAAAAUCUAAGAAGAAACGGCCCUGGCCCCCCAAUGCCAGUUGCGUAUGGUGCUCCAAGCAUUUUGUCUGCGCGGGGUAUGAUGGCGCCGGUGAUCGCGUUGCAACCCCCUUAUCAGAUGGCACUACCAGUCGUUGAAGUGGGGGCACUCACAUCUUCAGUUACAAUUGGUAUACCUGACGAGCACAUCGGAUUCAUUCUAGGCCGGGCGGGCAAGACGCUUCAAGAACUCCAGCAGUCUAGCGGCGCGAAGAUCAAAGUUUCUGACCGAGGAGAUUUUGUUACGGGCACAGAGUAUAGGAAAGUAACCAUGAUAGGCAGCGGAGAAGCCAUCCAAGCGGCUCAAUUUUUGCUGACACAGAAGGUCCAACAGAGCUUGGCAUCGGAUUAUGAGCGAGACAACACCAAGCAGCCCAACAACAACAGCCUCCAAAAUCAUCAAAACCAACAGCCAUAGCCAAACCAAAAACAAAAAUUUACACAGGAAAAACUAAGAUACCGGAUCAAGAUCAAAGGUCACAAUGUAAGCGUUGGAGAGAGAACCCUUGGGUGCUGUUUUUUCCUUUUUUUUUUCCUUCCACUAUUCUUUGAUUGAUUCGUAACAGGUACAUAUUUAUACACAAACACUCGUGUUAGUAAA